ACGAUUAUUUCUUUGUAGUCUAAGCAUCAUGAAUGUCUUGGAACAUAUUAAUGUGCAGUUCGUUGAAUGUCUGUACGUGGUCACCCUUGGGUUGACGUUAUAUUCAGUGUUCACACAAACUGUAUAUUUGUACGUUGCAUGCAUAACUGGCUUGUACAUUUGUUUGAAAGUGGUGAGGAAAAAGACUACUGGUGGUGUGGCUGUUAAGAAUAAAGGCGUAUUUAUAACAGGAUGCGACACAGGUUUCGGUCAUGAUGUAGCCAGGCGUUUCGAUGAUUUAGGCUUUAUCGUGUUUGCCGGAUGCCUGAAGCCGGAGGGUGAGGGAGCCAGAAAGCUGAAGUCAGCGUCAUCAAAAAGCCUGCAUGUUGUGGCGCUUGACGUGCGCUCCGAUGAAAGCUUGGAGUUGGCACAUGAAUACGUUAAAAAGCACCUUCCCUCAGGAGGGUUAUGGGCGAUAGUUAACAAUGCGGGCCUCAACAUUAUGGGUGACGUGGAGCUGCUUACCAUCGACCUCUACCGCAAGUGCAUGGAUAUCAACUUUUCCGGAGCCGUCCGAACGUUGCGCCGCUUUCUCUAUCUUGUGAGGGAGUCUAAAGGUCGUGUUGCGAUAGUAACGAGCGUGAAGGGGCGGUACUCGUGGCCUGCAAACUCCGCCUAUCACGUAACCAAGCAUGGCCUCGAGACGCUGGCGGACUGCCUACGCCUUGAGAUGCGCAAGUUUGAGGUAGGAGUGGCCGUCGUAGAACCAGGCAACUUUAGCAACGCAACGGCGUGUCAAAACGAGGAGGUGUUCAAGCGCUAUGAAGAAGAGUUGAACGAGAUCUGGGCCGCCGCCUCCCCGGACGUAAAGGUGACAUACGGCCGAAAGUACGUGGACGCCUACUUAGCCCAGCAGCGCGCCUCAACAUCAGGAGGCGGCCUCACUACGCGGCCAGUUGUGGACGCCUUGGAAGACGCAGUGGUCAGCACGCGGCCACACACACGCUACAUGGUGGAUGGAGGCUGGUUUGAUCCAUAUGCGAUCCUUGCGCGUUUCUAUGACUACCUGCCCACGUGCCUCUCGGACUUGAUAAUCCGAAAGAUGACCGGUUGUGACCGAUGGCCGGACUACAAGAAACCCAAGCUCGAGUGACCCGUGCACAACAUGUUUCUCCUCUAUGGUCUUCGAUGCGAUUUUCAAAUUAUUUCUUUUAAAUGCGCCGAUAUUAUAAUUGCUCAUUUUUAUGUCAUUUUUAUUAACAUUGGUUUAUUUUGGUUAAUAAUACUUAAGCCAAUAAAAAACUGAAACCAUCA